CCCUCCUAUUCUUUUCCUCACUCAGUCUUCCCUUUGCUCAGCCUCAAUGACACUCCUCUUGUCCCGGCCUUACCGCCCCCACAAGUAACCUCAAUUCUCAACAUAUCUCUCCCCCAUUAGGCAUUAACAUACACAUACACACACUGAACAUCCAUUAUCGAAUAAAGUCAGUCUUCUACUAUGCUUUUCCAUGGACACAAUCAUCAACUCAGCACUCGAAGAAAUCUGUUCACAGGGGCAGAACGGCGUCGCUCUCCCGACCCUCUGGACCCGGCUCCAACCAGCCCUCUCGACCUCGAACCUGGACCUCUCCCCGGGCGUCAAGAAGGCCAUCUGGGGCGGACUUUUAAGCGUCCCGACCCUCCAAUUCCAAGCCCAAAAUGUCUCACACAGUGCCUCUGACCCUUCAAUUCAGUCUUUCGAAGAUGCCCAGAAGCUGAACUUGAAGAUUGUUGCCAAAGAGCAUUUGAGGGACAACUUUGUUGGGCUUUACAACGUUCAGUCCGCCAAUGCCAACAUGUCUUCCCCACAAAGACGCGCACUGGAACGCCUCGCCAUCGCUAGAACAAAUGGGAUUACACAAAGUCAACUGGGCAAGGAAUUUGGCAUUGAAGGGAAGAACUUGUUUUAUGUAGUGAGGAACCUUGAAUGUCAAGGGUUGAUUGUGAGGCAAUCUGCAGUUGUAAGGACGAAAGAAGCUGGCAAUGAAGGGGAGCCAAAAAACAGUCAGAGUGUGACUACCAAUUUAAUGUACUUGUAUCGCUAUGCAAAAGCAUUGGGCUCCCAACAAAAAAUUGAGAUUACCAAGGAAGAAUGGACUAUAGAAAAUGUAGGGAAAGCCGAUGAAAGUGGCACACAUAGAGAUGGUUUUUCCGGAAAAUGUGUAAAAGAGGAUGUGCAUGUAAAGGAUUAUCUACCGGCAAUGAAAGCUGUCUGUGAUAAACUUGAAGAAGCCAAUGACAAGGUUCUUGUUGUCUCAGAUAUAAAAAAGGAUCUUGGUUAUUGUGGAGCUCCUUCAGGGCAUAAAGACUGGAGAAAAAUUUGUGACAGGUUGAAAGAUGCCCACAUUGUUGAGCAGUUUGAUGCCAAAGUGAAUGGGAAGAUUGAGUCUUGCCUGCGUUUGCUCAAAAGUUUUUCGCCAAAGAACUUUGAACCAAAAACUCUUGGAUGUGGAGAUGAUAAUUUUGAGGAAGAACAGCAAGUGAACUUUGGAAAGAAAUCUCAAAUCACUGAUCAACUUGUAGAGCUUCCCAUUGAGCAUCAGAUAUAUGAUAUGAUUGAUGCAGCUGGAUCAGAGGGAUUGACUGUGAUGGAGCGAGUCGGUGCGUUAUUGAAAUCUCCAGUGGAGGUGGUUCGGAAUAGGUCAUAUGCAAAGGUACUUGUGGGAUCGAGGAACUUUUUGGCAUCGUCCUCAUCGACAAGGAGUAUAUUUGGAAAUUUUAUUGUGUUUGCACUGAAGGGAGAUAUUCUGAUUGGCCUGGUGGACCUACCAUGCAGCAUAGCUAUCUCUGUCGUUGAUCUUCAACCUCCAUUGGGCGUGGUUGUGGAGGGAUCCCUCGCCAACUCUUCUAUGCCUUUAGAUCAUUGUUUUGCCAAACGGUUGCCGCUUGUGGAGGGAAGCAUUGAGAGGAGUUCAGAACUUGCUGACAGUAGUUCAAUCUCUUUGAUUAGCUCUGAUCAGAAUGUUUUAGGGGUUGUAGUGCCUAAGGGGGAUCUCGUUGGUGGUUCUGUGUCUAAGGUGUUGCUCCGGGAACCUAUGGAGUUAAAAAGAUUGGAUUGCUCCAUAAAUUAUGACCCUAAAGGUGGUUGUUCAAGCCGUGGAAGAGGUAAGGGUAGGGGUUUCUUAGUUCUUAAUGAAGCCGAAGUGGUUAUCUUGGAACGUAAGAGGGUUGAAUGA